AUGUCCAUUGUGGCUCUCACAAAGGUUGGUGUCGGGUAAAGGGAGGGACCCAACUUUGGUUCAAGUUUACAACAUGACUACAACUACUGCUAAUCGAAUGCUACUCUCAUCAUGUUUAAUCUAAGCACGAAUUAUUAUCAAUAAUUGCCUCACCUACCCUCAUAUCUGCCUAGCCAGCUUCAUAUCCUCUUCUGCCGGCAAAUCUUGAAGUUGCAGUAAGUCAUCUCUUUACGAAUGGCAGUCUGAAAAUAUGCAACCAAUACACACACACACACUAAACAUUAUGUUAUACUUGGUUAGAUAGGCCAUUAUUUUGGCUACCAUGGUUAUGCCCCCAUAGGAUGACAAUGCCCUCAUCCACAGGGCAUGAGUGGUCACUGAAUGGUUUGAUGAGCAUGACAAUAAUGUAAACCAUAUGCCGUGCUGGUCUCAUUCACCAGAUCUCACCCACAAUUUAACACUUAUGGGAGAUUCUAGAGCGGUGCAAGAGACAGCGUUUUCCACCACCAUCAACAAAACACCAAAUGAUGGAAUUUCUCGUGGAAGAAUGGUGUCACAUCCCUACAAUAGAGUUCCAGACACUUGUAGAAUCUAUGCCAAGGUGUACUGAAGCUGUUCUGGCUCGUGCUGGACCAACGCCCUAUUAAGACACUUAAUGUUGGUGUUUCCUUUAUUUUGGCAGUUACCUGUAUGUUUGAGACUAUAGUCACAUGAAUUAAUGUGUGUGUGUGUGUGUGUGUGUGUGUGGUGAGACGGGGGUGGAAAGCAGUGGUCAAUUAAAACACUUUCAACUAUAGAAAGCAACCGUAUUUGUUACGUUCUUUUUCCUCUCCAGACAAACCAUGAUAGUCACCGUGGCAGCCCCACCCUGCUUCCCUCCACAUCCUGCUCUCCUCCUACUGACCUGUCUCCUGUGGGUGUUCCCAGCUCAGAGCCAGGCUGGCAACAUCCUGGUGUACCCUGUGGACGGCAGCCAUUGGCUCAACAUGGACAUCCUCCUGCGAGAGCUGCACCUGCGGGGGCACUCUUUAACAGUGGUCCGCUCAUCCACUAGCUGGUACGUUCCUGAACACGCCCCCCACUACUCCUCAGUCACAUUGCCCGUGCCCGGGGCCAAUAGCCUGGAGGACCCGCAGUACAUGGCAUCCUUCCUGAAGAGGAGCCUAGAGAUAUGGACACGAGAGCGAUCCAUUUUGUCCUUCAUCGAGCUACAGAAGGAGACUAUUAAUUUGCUGGAGGAGGCCCAUCGCGGCAGUGCUGAAAUGGCCCGCUUAGCCAUGGAGGACAAACAGUUAAUGGAGAAGCUGAAGGGAGCCAAUUUUGAUUUAAUGUUGACAGAUCCUGGAUUUGCAGGAGGAGUUGUAUUGGGGAGUUACUUGGGUCUUCCUAUUGUGCUCAACGUUCGUUGGAUCACCAAUGCAGAGGGACACUUUGCGAUUGCACCUUCGCCCCUUUCUUACAUACCAACUAUUGGGUCGCUGGUCACAGAUAAAAUGAGUUUUGUCAACAAACUAAAAAACGUCUUGCAUUAUGGAAUCUCUCUUUAUAUUGAUUACGGCAUAACAAGACCUCUAUACCAGGGUGUGAUCAACGAAUUCAUCGAUCCAAACACCAAUAUCUAUUCUCUCAUUCAGGGGGCUGACCUAUGGCUGAUGAGAGUGGACUUUGUGUUUGAGUUCCCACGCCCCACCAUGCCCAACGUGGUCUACAUGGGGGGCUUCCAGUGUAAGCCCUCUAAGCCUUUGCCCGCAGAGUUAGAGGCAUUUGUGCAGAGCUCGGGGGAACAUGGGGUCGUGGUCAUGUCUUUGGGGAGUCUGCUGGGUAGCCUCCUCCCGGAGAUCUCAGAGGUAAUUGCAGCUGCCUUCGCCCGCCUGCCUCAGAAGGUGGUGUGGAGACAUACAGGAGAGAAGCCCUCUACUCUAGGCAACAACACACUACUGGUGAACUGGCUGCCUCAGAACGACCUACUUGGCCAUCCCAAAACAAGAGCCUUUGUGACACACGGGGGCACCAAUGGGAUCUAUGAAGCCAUCUACCAUGGGGUUCCCAUGUUAGGCCUUCCUCUCAUCUUUGACCAGUUUGACAACAUGCUUCGUCUACAGGCCAGGGGUGUGGCUAAGAUUCUCGAGGUGACGGCCCUAGAGGUGGAACCUAUGACACAGGCUCUGACAGACAUCCUGGACAAGAGUAAGCCCUACGGAGAGAAUAUGCUCAGGAUGUCAAAGCUCCACCACGAUACACCUCUCAAACCAAUGGACAACGCCAUCUUCUGGCUAGAAUUUGCUAUGAGGCACAAGGGUGCAGCACACUUGCGCACCGAGUCCUACAAGAUGCCCUGGUAUGCUUACCACAAUGUGGAUAUACUGGUACUUCUCCUGACUGUUGUUGUCUCUGUCCUGCUACUAACCCUAAUGACUUGCAGGGUUCUAGGUAGGGCUCUUUGCCGAAAGAAAAAGGAAAAACUGCAGUAGUCUCUGAAGAAUUCCAGUUUUACAUACUACAGUACAGUAUAUACAACUACGCAACUACUAUAUUCUACUACAAGACAAAUAGGCAUGAAACAUUGUCAAAAUCACAAAUGUUUAUAUUAGACUAGAGCCGGUUUCAGUCAUUCUCAAUUAUUCUAUUUCUUGUAAUAAAAUACAAACAGCAGUAAAGCAUUUAAAAUCAAUGCAAUCUGCUCAAAAUGUCACAUUGUUUAUACAACAUUUUUAUUGACUUUUAAACAACGUAUUUUUGUAUUUGUGCAGACAAAUGUACCAGUCACAUAUCAAUGUAAAUAUUCACGUAAUACCACAAUCUCUUUUUUGGUCCAAAAAAGAAAAAGAAAAAAACACAACAUACGGCGAAUAUGGGCAAACAAUGUGAUGCAUUUCUUGCUUUUAUGUCCUUGGUUUCUGAGUAGAGGAUUUGACUAUGUUUGUGUGCUACAGGUGAAUAUUUAA